AUGUCCGACGACCAUCUGUCGGGUACUUACAUCCCCGACCACUGCGGUUGCUCUUCGGGGUUGCCGUACAAGUUUUCGACUGACGUCAGCGGUGAGAAGAAAGAAAAUGAUCUGUUUCAUGUAAUUCACAAGGUUCCUUGUGGUGAUGGGCCUUAUGUCAGAGCUAAACAUGCUCAGCUAGUCGAGAAGGAUCCGGAGGCAGCAAUCGUAUGGUUUUGGAAAGCUAUAAAUGCCGGGGAUAGAGUCGAAAGCGCUCUCAAGGACAUGGCUGUUGUCAUGAAGCAACUUAACCGAGCUGAAGAGGCAAUAGAGGCAAUCAAGUCUUUCCGAGGUUUUUGUCCUAAGACAGCCCAAGAAUCACUUGACAACGUGCUCAUCGAUUUGUAUAAGAAAUGCGGGAAAAUUGACGAACAAAUAGCGCUGUUAAAGCAUAAGCUCAAGCUGAUAUAUCUAGGGGAGGCGUUCAACGGGAGGCCCACGAAAACUGCGCGUUCUCAUGGGAAGAAGUUUCAGGUCUCUGUCAAACAAGAAACUUCUAGAAUAUUGGGGAACUUGGCUUGGGCUUAUAUGCUGAAAUCCAAUUUCCUAGCAGCAGAGGCUGUGUACCGUAAGGCCCAGAUGAUCGACCCAGAUGCCAACAAGGCCCUAAACCUGUGUCAUUGCCUCGUCAAGCAGGCCCGUUAUGAUGAGGCCCGCUUGGUUCUUCAGGAUGUGCUGCAGCUCAAGCUUCCGGGCUCGGAUGACUUGAAAAGUAGAAGCCGGGCCGAUGAGUUGUUGUUGGAAUUGGAUUUGCAGGAUGGAAACAACUCGUCUCUGCCAAGUUUUAUGGGCGUAGUGAGUUUCGAAGAGGAUUUUGCCGAGGCACUCGAACGUGUGAUUAGGGAAUGGGCCCCUGCCAGGUCAAGAAGGCUGCCCAUUUUUGAAGAGAUUUCUCAGUUUAGAGAUCAGUUGGCUUGUUGA